CGUCCAGCAUAGGUGCCUCGUGCUGUUGAUGUCAUGUGCGAUCCCGCACGGCGGGAGAAAGGGUGAUAAAGAGCUGGCCCCGUGCCCGCACUUCUCCCUCAUCUCUCUCUCUCCGGUCAUCGUCCUCGUCUUUCAUUCUUUCUCUGUUGCCCAACCUUCAGCGAGCUGAAGGCGCGCCUGACACCUGACACUCACUUGUAACCAGCUUUUCUGACAGAACGACCAACCUUACCAUGUUUGCGUACUACUCGCUGCUUGCCACUGUCUCCCUCGCGCUCUCCGCGGCUGCGAUCCCCGUCACGCUCCCCGCGGGCCAGUCCGUGCCCAUCCGCCGCCGCGCCAAGCUGACCACGGACGACGGCAUCUUCGACCACGACCGCGCCAUCCAGCUCACGGUCCUCACCCAGAACAAGCACCGCCAGAACCUCGUCAACCUCAUCGCGAACGUCGGCGAGUCUGCCCUGCGCAAGGGUGCGGCCAUCAAAGAUGUCGCGCGUAUCCCCCUGCCAGUAAAGCGUAACCUCGAGCAGCGUGCCGCGCUCAAGAAGCGCCAGGCUGUCGAGCUCACUGACGAAGAGGAGGUCGAGUGGCCCGGCUCUAUCUCGGUCGGCACGCCCGCCCAGGACUUCUACGUUGUCUUCGAUACCGGCUCUGCGGACCUCUGGGUCCCCUCGUCCGAGUGCUCGUCGACCACUUGCUCGUCCAAGGACAAGUACGACGCGAGCGCGUCCUCCACCAGCGCCGAGGCCGAUGGCGAAUUCCAGAUCCAGUACGGUGACGGUUCCAACGUGUCUGGCCCUAUCCGCAAGGACACCGUGACCGUCGGUGGCGUAUCCGCCGAGAACCAAUUCUUCUCCCCCGUGUCCGAGCUCUCGGACAGCUUUGCUGACGAUCCCAUCGAUGGUAUCCUCGGCAUGGCGUACCCCACGAUCAGCAACCUCAAGCAGGACCCGUGGUUCACGAACGCGCAGAAGCAGGGUGCUGUCGCGAGCAACUCCUUCGGCUUCUACCUCGCCGAGCAGGGCUCCGAGCUCUUCGUCGGCGGCACGAACGAGAAGCUCUACACGGGCGACUUUGAGUACCACGAGACCGACCCGUCGGAGGGCUACUGGCUCACGACCGGCGCGACGCUCAACAUGAACGGCCAGGCCGCUGCGCAGGACUUCGAGACCAUCAUCGACUCUGGCACGACGAUUAUGUACGGCCCGCCUGAGGUCGUGAAGCAGGUGUACUCGAGCAUCGAGGGUAGCACGACCUACGAUGAGGCGAACGGCAUGUACACCUUCCCUUGCGACUCUGCGCCGACUGUGGCGUUCAACUGGGGUGGCAAGGACUGGGAGGUCACUGCUGAGAACUUCAACCUCGGCAAGACCGAACAGGGCAGCUCUGACUGCGUUGGUGCCCUCGCUGGCCAGGACCUAGGCCUCGGCGACAACACCUGGCUCAUCGGUGACGCCUUCAUGAAGAACGUCUACACGGUAUUCGACUUCGAGCAGAACGCGGUCGGCUUCGCCGCGCUCUCCGGCUCUGGCUCAAGCGGCAACUCCUCGUCGAGCGCCGCGCCGUCCAGCUCCGCCAGCGCGUCCGGCUCUGCGCCCGCCUCUGCGUCGGUAACCGCCUCUGAGUCCGGGUCAGCUAGCGCUACCGAGUCCGCGUCUGAGCCCGCCGGCUCUGACUCUGCGUCGGAGUCUGCUCCCGCCAACUCCGCCUCCGCGCCCGUCGAGUCCUCCCCCAGCGCGCCCGCGUCCGCCCCCGCCGCUUCCGGGUCCUCUGGCUCUAGCGCCCCCGGGGGCCAGUGGCCCGGCUCUUCUGACAACGGCGACGACAGCGGCAACUGGUGGAACUGGUUCCCCUGGUUCAACAACGGCAACGACCAGAAGAACUAAGUUGCCCGAUCCUCGAAGUCAUACCCCCGAGCGCAGGCUUUCCCCUUCCUACGACUGCAAUGCAUACCCCCAUUCCCGCGUCGGCGCCCAUCCAAACCUCACCACCGCGCAGGCAUGCUUAUGACCUUCACGACCUUGGUGUAUAAAGAUGGGUGUUUGUUUACUGGCGGCUUCGGUCGACAGAGGGCAGGCCUUUCUGUCGCACUCUAGGAUGUCUUGUGUGCUUUGUAGUUUUAGGAGUUUUUAUUGUGCUGUGCUUAUUUAUGUUGAAGACGUUGACUCUCAGAAUCGACUCGAC